GCAACACUGAUGAGUGGACCACUGCACUUCUAUGAACUUGGGAUCAGCAUGAGCCUGAAAAACAGUGCAGUUAUCAAAGAACUGGCCGCUAGGGGGGCGUGAUCCGACAACUGAUUGGAGAGGGACAUCCACGCUCUGGAGAAUGGAAGAAAGAGCAGAGAAAAGGAGGAAGACGUUAAAGAGAGAACCCAGCCACACACAAAGUUAAGGGGCUACAGAAGCACUUCCAUUGAGAGAAUAUGUGCAUCAGCAUUCUGUCUACAGCUUGUUACAGCUUGCCUGAAAGAUUUGUGAGAGGACCACCUCACAAUCUACAAAUGAAAUCUCAAAAUUUCCAGCACAUUUUGUCCUGGCAGGCAGGAACUAAUCUAACUGUACCAAUACAUUAUCGUGUCCUGUACACUGCAGACCGCAGGAACUGGAAUACUGCUAAAAGAUGUUCAAAUAUUACACAGCUCUUGUGCGAUCUGACAGAGGAUUUUAAAGAUGUUGACCUUCGGUACUUUACAGUAGUUCAGAGCUUCGUAGGAACUGAAGUAUUCAAUUCUUCUUUACUUGAUUUUGGACCAUCUACUGAGACAUUCCUAGGACCACCAGAAGUUAAUAUAAGUUCCUGUACAAACUGCAUGAAUAUCACUGUAAAGCUGCCAACAUCUCACUUGAGAAAAAAUGAAAAGCUGCUGUCUUUAAUCGAUAUAUACAAAGAGCUCGAUUAUGAGAUAACACUGAAAACACGUGAUGGACAGCAUAAGAGGCCACGUGAAAAAACGACUUCAGAAAUUUUUAGUACGAUCAUUGAAGAUUUGUAUCCAAAUAGAAAUUAUUGUGUGUCCGUUAUGGUCUCUGCAUCUCUAAAUAAACUUUCCAUCUCGUCACCCUGGAAAUGUGUAACUGCAGGCUCUGUAACUCAACAAGAUUAUAGUAUAGCUACAAUCACAGGUGCUGUAUGUUUUUCAUUGAUGGUCGUUGUUGUCGUCAUCAGCUGUAUGUAUGCAGGAGGUUUUUUUCUUCAAAAAAAAUCACUUCCACAUACCUUGGUAUUCACCAAUACAUUUGCCUAUUCACCCUUUACAUUUGAAUCUGAAGAAAUAACCUUUGUAGAGGUAACUUUUAAAGAGGUUAAAAAAAAGGCAAAGGAACAUAGUGGCUAUGGCAGUGAUGAAGAUGACGACGAUGACAGUGGAAGCGAUACCGGGAGUAAUCAUGACUAUGCAAGGCGUGAUAUCUUCAGUCGAGCGCCUUUUUCCUCUGACACGUCAAAUGCAUUUCUGCAGUGCUCUACGGACAGUACUUGUGAAGACAGCAGCAGUCAGGCAAGUCAAAAUCUAGACACUGACCUAGAAGAUUUCAAAGAGGAAGAAAUGAACAUUGAAGAAGGUAAAGGUGCAAGUACAGAGUUACUAAAUCCUUUCUCUGAGGUAAAUUGUACCUCUUCUGGAUCAAGGAAUAGUGCUUGCUUUACCAUAAACUUAAAAACUGUGCUGCUGGGAACCUCUGAAGAGAACAUAGAUAGUUCUACUGCUCUCCUCUCUUCCGAGAAAGAUAAAGUUGACUGGCAAGAUUCCGAUGCUUUUGAAUCAAAACUCCUUGAUGACACAGGAACCAUGCAGAAACCACUCUGUCAUAACAUCUCUCGUGAAUGGCAACAUUCUUCUGGUUCUGAUGAAAGUGAUUCGUCAGACUCAGAUACGGACCAAAAAACUGAAUACAUAAGAAGAUGAAUAAGUGAGAACCACUAUUUUAUAGCAUACAAAUAUAUAUUGUCCUCUCUGUCUGUUUCUAGACUGAAUACAGAUUUGAUCUUUCUCUUUCUUUUUUUUUUUUUUUUAACAUUCUUGAAAGUAUAUGUCUGUAUAUUGAAAAUAAGUGAAACUCACUUUUAACAAAUAUUACUGUGGUAUCUUCAGGUAUGGUCCAGGUUGUAUAAUCUGGAGAGAAACCCAGAUGACUGUUCAGAUGCAGAGAUGUGGCAGAGAUACAGAGCAGUUAUUGUAUUUUGCGUUUGAUAGUGCUUACGAGGAGUUUAUAGUAUAGGAAGAGGUGAGUGGCUGGUCUCUUAACCAGACCUUCUGACUAUCUGUGUUAGAAAGAACAGUAAUAUAGAAGGAAUCUCUGCUGUUAAUUCUUAGCUUUUUUUUUUUUGGGGGGGGGGGUGAAAUCUGUUUUGCCAGAUGGACUGUAGACAUCAAGGUAUGUAUUGACUGUAUUCAAGUCAACAAAGUGAUUUCUGCAUGAGUGUGUGCAGAGAAAGCUGAUCUGAAAUCGCAGAGAGGAAGGUAAAAAUACUCAGAUGCUUACAAAAAGAUUGUCCUGAAUAGGAAUCAAGGCAUUAUAUAAACCUUUUUUUAAAGUUUUUAUAAUUUUGUACAGUUAAUGUAUACUACAUUUUUUAAUGACAUAAAGGUAUUUUAAGAAACAGUUA